AAAAGGUCCAAAAGGUCAGUCUUGACAGACACGGCUUGUUUUAACUCUUGCUGCAAGGUGUUUGUGUGUGUAUGUGUUGGUAAUUAUUAACCGAUUGGUUAAACACAGUUAUAUAUCGGCGGACAUGUUGUACAUCUAUUUCUAAAUGUGUGUUGUAUAUUAAAAUUAGUUAAUGUAAUUAUAAUUUAUUAUUUAUUAAAAAAAUAAUAUUGUCAAGUUUUUUUUUUUUUUCGAUUAUUUUUUUUGGUUUUUUUUAACGGCAUAAAUUUGCCGUUAAAUAUAGUUGUUUUUGAGAUCAACUUAUGUGUAAGAUCCAUAUGUGAAGUGUAAAGGACGAUUUUGUGUGUGUUUUGCGAUUGGGUGGAUUUUUUUGUUUUUUAAAAUAGGACGAAAUGAGUUGGGGUAGUGAACUUUGGGACCAGUAUGACAAUCUGUCCCUUCAUACACAAAAGGGAAUUGAUUUUCUGGAACGUUAUGGACAUUUUAUUAGAGAUCGAUGUAAAAUUGAAGUUGAAUAUGCCGGAAAUCUCAGAAGGCUAGUGAAAAAUUAUCAACCGAAGAAAAAAGAAGAGGAAGAUUAUCAAUAUAGUUCUUGUAAAGCAUUUAAAUUAGAAUUAAAUGAAGUUAAUGAUCAAGCUGGACAAAGAGAAGUAGUCGCCGAGAAUUUGCAGGCAAAUGUCUUGCGUGAACUAAAUAUUCUCGUUAAAGAUUUUAAAGAAGAUAGAAAAAAACAUCUUCAAGAAGGUGCAAGAUUAAUGACAACAUUAACAGCUCAAAUAAGCAGUUUAGAACGUGCAAGAAAAGCAUAUGAAAAAGCUUUUAGAGAAGCUGAAAGAGCAUUAGAAAAUUAUCAACGAGCUGAUGGUGAUUUAAAUUUAUCACGAGCAGAAGUGGAAAAACAACGUAUGAAUAUGACUGUAAAAAAUCAACAAAGUGAAGAUGCAAAAACUGAAUAUGCUAAUCAGUUACAAAAGACAAAUGAAAUGCAAACUCUUCAUUAUCACACAGCAAUGCCUGAUGUUUUUCAUCAUCUACAGGAAUUAGAUGAAAAAAGAACUAAAAACAUGCGAAAUUAUAUGUUAAAAUCAGUAGAAAUUGAGCGUUCAGUUUCGCCAAUUAUAUCACAGUGCCUUGAUGGCAUUGAAAAAGCAGCAAAUGGAAUAAAUGAAAAAAAUGAUACAAUGUUAGUAAUUGAAAGAUUUAAAAGUGGUUUUUCACCACCAGUUGAUUUUCCAUUUGAAGAUUUAUCAGCUGCUAAAACAUAUGAUAGUAAUACACAAUUAUCACAAACAACAAUGCAACCUAUACAUAAUCAUCUUACAAUGAAAGGUACUGUUUCUGGUAUUAAAAAUAAAAAACGUGUUGGAUUAUUUGGAAUAUUUAUUGGUAAUAAGAAUAAUUUAAAUGACGGUGGAAAAGAAGACUGUAGUGAUUUACCGCCAAAUCAAAGAAAAAAAAAAUUACAACAACGUUUAGAUGAAAUUCAGGUUAAAAUUCAUCAAGAAACUAAUGCAAGAGAUGCACUUAUGAAAAUGAAAGGUGUUUAUGAACAAAAUCCAGCAUUGGGUGAUCCAAUGAGUAUAGAAGGACAAUUGAAUCAAUCAAGUCAAAAAUUAGAAAAACUUGGUGUUGAACUUACAAAAUUUCAGGGUUAUCUUAAUGAUGCAGUUAACACUGGUGUUAAUUUAUCAAGUCCAAGUCAAGGAACAAGAAAAACAAAUAGUAAUGGAUCAACUGUAAGGGUAAAUGAUUCACGGCGAUCGAGUCAUUCAGGUGGUGAAGAAAGUUUGUCAAGAUCAGCAUCAGAUUCUAGUGUUAGCAAUGCUCAUGCUAAUCAACUUGUUCAUAAAAAAAGUGCACCUGGAACACCUCAACAAAUUCACGAUUCCACGAAUAGCCCGGAGUCUGGACUUGGUACAUCACGAACAUCAUUACCUGAAAGUGCUGGAGAAGAAUAUUACGUUGAUGAGGUUGAUGCUCAACCACCACUUGGCACAUGUCGAGCUCUUUAUCCAUUUGAUGCAACGAGUGAAGGUUCAAUUCCAAUGUAUGACGGUGAAGAACUUUACAUAAUUGAGCUUGAUCAAGGCGAUGGAUGGACGAGAGUUCGUCGAAUGUCUCAAUUAAUUGAAGGCUUUGUACCUACUUCGUAUAUUGAAUAUCAAUUAUAUAAUACCUAAUUCGAUCAACGCCUAACCAAAAGAGCAAAACAAGAAAGAAAAAAGUAAAAAAUUAUUUUUAAACACAAAAUUAUCGAUGGUAUAAAAGCUUCGAUAUAUUAUCUUUUUUUUUAUUAUCAAGUAUAUGUACAAACUAUACAUAUUAACUCAUAAAAUAUUGCUUAAUACCUGGACAAAAGAAAAAAAAAAAAGAAACAUUAGAAAAUAUAACUCUGGCUCAGUUUAAGUAUUUUAUAUAUUAUUUUGUUGUGUUUUUUUUUUUUUUAAAAUAAUCAGAUUUAGAACAUUAAUAGACUCUGAUUUUGAUCAGUAUAAUCAAACUCCCUGUUUGUGCAAUCUGUCGAUUACAUUCAUAAAUAUUAUGUAGGAUAUACUCUUUAUUUUUUAUUUAAUUUUGUCAUUUAUAAUGUUGUAUCUAUUGUUUAAAUACCACAAGUGAUGAAACGUGUAUGUAAUUAAUACGCAAUAGAUAAUUAUAUGACUGCAAAAAAAAGUAAAAACAUUAACUCUCAAUAAAGUGUAAGUGAUCUUGCACUUAUUGAAAAACAAAAGUAAAAUAAAUAUAAAUCAUUAACUCACACGCUUAUAAGAUUACUAUUUUUUGUAAUAAAUUUGAGAUAAUUUGAUUAAAUGUGCUCAAAAAUAGAUCUAUACUUACUGAGAGAUUAUUGGUAAAAAAAUAAAAAAAAAAUAAAUAUAAAAACAGUAUAAAUAAAAGAGAGAAGUUUGAACAAAUAAAAAAUGAUUAAUUUAUCAAUUUAAUGGCCACUCUCUUUUAUAUUUAAAAAUAUAUAACUAAUAAAAUUGAUUUUUAAUUUUACUCUUUAAUUAUUGAUUCAGUUAUAGUUGACUUUGAGCUAAAUAUUAAAUAAGUCACAAUAAAAUAAAUGGUAAUGUGCUGAUGAUCAAUUAGUCGUGUAAUCUUUUGAGAUUUUAAUGUGAGACAUUCUAUGUAAAUAAAUUAUACUUUAUUUUUUUUUUUUUAAAUAUUAUACUAAUAAUAUUGUCUAGUUUCAAGUGCAUUAUUAAUAAAAAUGCAUCAAAAGUGUAUUAUACAAUGUACGUCAACUAAAUAAAUACAGCAGUUUAAAAUUUA